AUGGCCCAACAUAACGUUUUCAUAUUCUUUCUAUUUCCUCUCCCUUGCUUAGUCUUUUUGUCACUGUGCUCCAUCACUUCAGGACUUACGGAAAUUGAAGCUCUUCUCAAGUGGAAACGAAGUCUCCCGAACCAACCAAUUUUGGAUUCAUGGGUCUCUCCACCACUAGCUAACUCCAGUAGAGCUCAAAUCCCAUGUUCAUGGCGUGGAAUUAGUUGUGAUUCUUUAGGGAGCGUGAUUGAAUUAAACUUGAACAACACUGGUCUUCAAGGUAAGAUUGAAAGCUUGAACUUCUCAGCGUUACCAAAUCUUCUUAUUCUCAAUCUUCAAUCUAACAAACUCACUGGCAAUAUACCAGAAAGCAUUGGAGUGCUCUCAAAGCUCCAAUUUCUAUCUCUAGAUAAAAACAACUUUUCUGGGUUUAUACCCCAAUCUCUAGGUAACUGUACACAUCUAAGUGUUCUCUCAGUGGCUUUAAACAAUCUCUCGGGCAUAAUUCCACCUAGUAUUGGCAGAUUGACCAAUCUAACUGAUGUUCGCUUUCAUCAUAACAAUUUACAUGGUGAUUUGCCGCAAGAGCUUGGAAAUGUUUCAUCUUUGAUAGUUGUUCAUCUAUCCUACAACAACUUCAGUGGCCAUUUACCACCUCAAGUGUGCAAAGGUGGUAAGCUUGUGAAUUUCACUGCAGCCUAUAAUAGUCUCUCUGGUCCAAUACCAAUAAGUUUGAGAAACUGUUCAUCUUUAUACAGAGUUCAGAUUCAACAUAACCAGUUGACAGGUUAUGCAAAUCAGGAUUUUGGAGUUUAUCCAAAUCUCACUUACAUUGACAUUAGUCUCAACAGAGUGCAAGGCGAGCUCUCUGCAAAUUGGGGUGCCUGCCAAAGCUUAGAAGCACUUAUCGUGGCUGGCAAUUCAAUCAAGGGAAAUAUUCCUGGUGAGGUGUUUCAAUUGAAACAACUACAAAAGCUUGACUUGUCAUCGAACCAAAUAUCCGGCGAGAUUCCAACAGAAAUCAGGAAUGCCUCGAUGUUAUACCUUCUAAACUUAAAUAGAAACAAUAUUUCAGGUAUGAUGCCUGCAAGCAUUGGAAGUCUUUCUAAUUUGGAGUCAUUAGACCUGUCAAUGAAUAGGCUGAGUGGACCCAUUGCUUAUCAAUUAGGGAAUUGCUACAGGCUACUCAAUUUAAAUUUGAGUCAUAAUGACUUCAAUGGACGAAUCCCAAAUCAAAUAGGGAAUCUUUACUCCUUAGAAGAUUUUCUGGACUUGAGUUUUAAUUCACUUUCUGGAGAAAUCCCUAUUGAUCUUAGUAAAUUCAACAACUUGAUAAGUCUGAAUCUGUCUCAUAAUAAUUUAUCAGGUUCUAUCCCUGAUUCUCUUAGGACAAUGUUGAGCUUGUCAAGCAUCAUCCUCUCUUACAACGAUUUGGAGGGUCCUGUACCUAACGGUGGCAUAUUUAAUAGUUCUUAUCAAUUAGAUCUGAGUAAUAACAAAGAUCUAUGUGGGAGAAUCCAAGGUUUGAGACCUUGCAAUAUUUCAGCAUCACACGGGGGAAGCAGCAAGGGCAAAGUUGUGAUAUCUAUUGUUGCUUCUUUAGCAGGUGUACUACUUAUUUCAUUGGUGUUAGUUGGGAUUUUUGUUAUUUGCUCAGAAAGAAACUCAAGAAUUUUAGAACAGAAUUCAGGAAUCAAGAAGGAAAGCACAUUUUCAAUUUUACAUUUUGAUGGGAAAAAUCUGUAUGAUGACAUAAUUGAAGCAACUGAGAACUUUGAUGACAAGUAUUGUAUAGGGGAAGGGGCUUGUGGAAAAGUUUACAAAAUGGUCAUGCAAGGGGGUGAACAAUUUGCUAUAAAGAAGUUUAGGUGUGAAGAAGAUGACUUAGACAUUGAAAGUUUAAAAGCCUUCAAGAGUGAGAUUGAAGCCAUGACAGAAAUCCGCCAUCGAAACAUUGUGAAGCUCUAUGGAUUUUGCUCACAAAGAUCACACACUUUUGCUGUUUAUGAGUACAUGGAAGGAGGGACUUUAGCUGAUUUUCUGAAAAAUGACACAAAGGCAUUAAAGUUAGAUUGGCUUGUGAGGGUGGAUAUUGUCAAAGGUGUAGCACAAGCUUUAUCAUAUAUGCAUCAUGAUCUUGAUCUACCAAUUAUUCAUAGAGACAUAUCAAGCAAAAAUAUAUUAUUAUCUGCAAAUCUUGAAGCCCAUAUCUCAGACUUUGGCACAGCAAGGUUCUUGAAGCUCAACUCAUCAAUUUGGACAGCGUUUGCUGGCACACGUGGCUAUGCUGCUCCAGAGCUAGCAUACACAAUGGCAGUGUCUGAGAAAUGUGAUGUGUUUAGCUUUGGAGUGUUGGCUUUUGAAAUUCUCAUGGGAAAGCAUCCUGGUGAUCUAAUUUCUCAUUUACAAUCCUUUGAUGAUGUUCCAAAUAUGAACUUCAAAGAGAUUCUAGACCCACGUCUAUCACCUCCCAAAGAGCAGCAAAAGUUGAUGAAGGAAGUGGUUUUGAUUGCAAGUAUUGCUAUUUCAUGUUUACAAACCAACCCUUCAUCUCGACCAACCAUGCGAAGCAUUGCUGAUCAGAUGAUUUCAAGUUUAUGUUAGCUUGUUCUUAUGAUUAUUCUUGUGUCAAUAAAGGUUCUUAUGUUCUUAUGACUAUUUGGAAACCA